AUGACUGACACGCCCCUCCUUGCGACGCAACCCAGGGUCCGCACGCUCACCGGGAAGGAGAUCGAGCUCAACGUGGAGGGCUCUGAUCAGGUCUCCAAGAUUAAAGAGCUGGUCGAAGAGAAGGAGGGCAUCCCGCCCGCGCAGCAGCGCCUCAUCUACGGCGGCAAGCAGAUGGUCGACGACAAGACGGCGGACGACUACAGCCUCGAGGGCGGCGCCACGCUGCACCUGGUUCUGGCGCUCCGGGGCGGGCUAUGA